CAGCCGAGACGACCGAGUCCGCCGCGGAAAAGGCAGGUUCUGUGCCCCGAUCGUCUGAGAUCUGCCACGCAGGCACUAUAAUCCCACAUCUUCCCUCCCCGAUCUUCUCCCAGCCACUUCACAGAACUCUCCCCUCUCUUCCCCGCCAUGUCUCGGCCUCAAUAUACACGUCCCUCUUCCCAGGAAAGCGAUCUUGCCGUGCGCCAGCAAUCUCCGCCGUCGAUCUCAUCGUCGUGUCCCAGCCCAUGCGCGGCUCUCAUAUUUAAUCUCCCUUGCUAUGCUGUGUGCCAGAAUCCCUCCUUUGCCUCGUAUCAGCAUGGACUUUUACAACAUGUCUUCCGAACGGUAUUCAUAUGGCACCUCCGCGGGAAACAUAUCCUUAGGCCAAGCAAGUGCAUACGUGCAUCAGGACGGCAACAACCAGUAUCUCCAGCCAGGCUACACAUUCGACUACAACUAUUCCUUUCAACCUCCGUACAAUCCGGCAGCCUACUCCCAGCCGGUGUAUGCUCCGUCUGUGCCCGCUACAAAUUAUGCCUUCCCACCUGCAUCCCAACAACAAAUGCCUCAGACCUCGUACGCUCAAGAGGUCCCCCUACAUGCUCCGAUUCCUGUCUCCGGCUACUCUUCUCUCAUCCCACCUGUCUCGCCUCACGCGAAUGAUCAUUCUACGGGCCCUGCUCAACCUGCCGCCAAUCCUGCUAAUUCGGCAGUCCCAACCCCUUCCUCGUCGGAAAUGUCGGUGGCACCUUCUGCAUCUGCACCUCCGACAACGCCUUCCGAGCCGAGCCCUUUAGAAUACUACGGCAACGCACCUCAGACUACCUUCCCUACGCCGAGUGAGCUUCUCACGGAGCUCAAUGCCCGCGACCAGGGCGCCGUUGCCGCGUCCAAUCGAAAUGCCGGUUCGACUCCGAAAGCAGCCUCCGUAGGCGCAUCGUCUCCCACGCAACCGGAGAAUCCGACUGCGAGCAAGGCUACAAAGUCGGAUAAGGCCAAGGGCAACGCGAACGGUGGUGCGCCGACGAAGCCGCCAGAAACGCAGCGCAAGUUGUAUUUCCGCUUCGUCGCAGAGAGCGUUGGGUUCACACCGACAGAUCCGGACACUAUCACGUCACACGACAAGAAACGCAGCUAUCUCGAGUGUCUUGAGCAGUACGUCCAGUGGCUGCACGACCAGAUCCACCUGGUGGGAAACGAGCCUGCGUCUCUCGGGCGCGUCUCGACCUACCGCGGACUGACCAGCCGAUCAAUACGGACUCUUCUCGUCCAUAUGGAAGACGAGAUCAGAGAACUCUACGCGCAGGUCGUCGAAGCCGAGCGUGCCUACAUGAACCUCCAGAUACAACUUUCGAUGCAGCAUGCCUCGGCGGAUGCGCACCAGCUCAGGCGGCACUCAGUCGCCUCGUGCGGGCUCCCGGACGCGCCACUCAGCUCGCAGCCAUUCCUCCUCCCGCCACCGCCAAUCCCCAGCGGACGGGUACAUCCGAACGCGCCCCAGGCCGUUCCAAUGCACUAUUGACUCGAUGCGCAUAUCUGAUCCGCGGCCUUGCGGUCGUGCCUGGUUUGGCCUGGGUGUGUUGGCCGUAUAUUU